ACGUUGUAAGCGACGUAACAUUCUAUUCAAUAUGGCUUCGCGUGAUACGUACUCUUGCGGGGAUGUGUUUUCUAAAGAGGAUUUAUCCCUCUUGGCGAGAUCAUUGCAAGAUGAGCAGUUCCGUGCUCUCUUUAGCGAGUAUGCCAAGGAGGUUUGUGAGCCAGAAAACCAGAAACAGUUUGAGAGAGAGUUGAAACAAAUGGAAAAAGAGCGGGGGGUGGAGGCUGUUUUCAUCCACCCGAGUCCCGGUUUUGUGUUGGCAGUGGGAGGCCAGGACGGCGGCCCCGUUUUUGUGAAUAUCUGCGCUAGUGAGGUGGUUCAGAGGCCCAGCUUUGUCAAUGUCGACGAUGGGGUGAUGGUGGGUCAGAAUUGGUCAUUACCACAUGCUCUGCCCAAGCCUCGACGGGAAUGGUUGAGUAAUAAAGUACGAGUGUCUGGGGUCUGUGGUCAGGCUAUGGUCCAUGAUGUAGUGUUUCACCCAGAAGCUCUACAUCUCGCCUCAACUAAUCCUUUCAUGAAGCACACGCUAAUACAGACUGCAGUGGAAAGCUUAAGCAAAACUUUCCAGUUGAAGAUAGGUCAGCCACAGGAGCUUGGCAGUGUGAAGUAUGUGGGGAAGCCAAUAAGAUCUGUGAUAAAGAGAGUAGUGGAUAUGAAACUGUUUGAGGAAAGUGAAAAAAUGAGUUUCCAACACGAUGAAAGGACUAGUGGGGGUCUCAAAACUACUGAAAAUAAAAAUAAAAUGGCUUUGGAAAAAAGUACAAAUUCUGUGAUGCAGGUAGUUGGGCCAUUGAAACCACAGUACAAGAUAAAGCAUGUUAGCAAAGUAGACUUGCAGGACUUUUCUGUGCAGUUGAUACCUCAGUGUGGUCCAGCCUGGCGCCCUCAAGCUCUGGAGGUUGAGGUUGAACUUCCUGGAGUGGCACGGGCCUCGCAGGUUAAUGCCAACGUGUGGCCGCAGUCGAUUUUACUUUCUACAAAUUCUGAUCCUCAGUACAAGCUUGAUCUGCCACUCCCUUAUCCAGUUGAUGAGGAUUCAAGUGCAGCUAAGUUUGAUUUAUCAACGCAAAAGUUAACUCUUACUCUUAGUGUUAUACCAGCAAGGAAAAAAGAUCAGGUCUCUGUGUAUGACUACUCCCCUUCUUCAGACUCUGGCAUUGAAUGUGAACCCGAUUACCGAACUAACAGUGACGGGGAUAAUUCUUCUGAGGUGUCAGUGUCAUCACAAGAAGAUAGGUUAAAGGAAGUUAAUGCAGCUCAAGAGGAUGACAGUGUCUUUGAGACACAGUCCCAAGUCAGAGCAACUCUUGUCCCAGGUUAUUCUGUCAAACAGUCACUAGAAAGCUUGUAUGUUAUUCUUCACUGUGGUAAUGUUCUGCCAAGCAGUGUUACUGCAAAGCAAAUUGAUGACCAAACUGUCAGUGUGGAGUUAUCCAGCAUUGGUGGAGGACAUACUCUGCUCCAUUAUGGGUUGAAAAUUGUUAGCCGUCCAAAUCACAUAGCUAAGUCUGGAGUGACUUAUAAACUUGAAAAUGGCACUGUGGAAAUAAUUAUAAAGAAGGCUGUGGCUGAGCUGUGGGAGUCUUGCCAGAUUGGAGAUGGUGAGAAUACUACCACAGUGGUUCCAACACCAGCUAGUGCCUUGGAUACUGACACAAAAUCUAGUCAAAAGCAAACAAAAGACACUGAAGAUUGCACAAACAAGAAUGUGAUCACUGCAAAAAAAGAAGAGAAAACAAAAGAUGGCAGUGAAGGCAGCAAGGUGGUGCCACGUGUGCCACGAAUGUCGCGAACGGUCAGCAUGUGUGAGACUGGCACUGCCCAGACUGUUAGGUUGCGAGGGCCUACAUGCUCUUGGCCUCGUGGCAUCCUGAAGUGUCGCACCCGUUCCCUCAGUGAAUCCCACAUUGGCUCUUUCACUCCUGUGGCACCGUUGGAGCUUGAGAGUUCCUCCACUGACCUUAAGGUCUUGGAAGACAAACAGAGAGAAUACAAGGAAGAAGGAGAAGAGAGCGUUGAAGAAAGCAUCUCUUCCAGCUUGGGAGAAAAGAAAAGUGUCCGCUUUAAUGAAGUGGUGUCUCGCCAACUGUUCCGCUCUAACUCCUCAAUCUUGGGUCAGAGGGCCAAGAACCAGCGAAAGGCAAUGAGGAAACGUAAGGGUCAGCAGCGCCGUGCUUCAGAAAGUGACAGGGAAAAUGACCAAGGUCAGCAGUCUAGUGAUCCACUUCCAGUUGCAGUCUCAAAUUCCACUGACGAAGACACUGACGCCACCACCACUGACACCACAGAGGUUGAUGAUCUUGAUGACAUAAAUCUUCAUAGCAUCAGCCUUGAUGUUAAGAACAACAAUAAUGUCAAUAACAGCAACAGUCAUAUUUAUAAUAGCAGUAAUGCAAAUAAUCCAGAAAGUUCAAAUCACAAUGAGAAGGAGAACAUCAAUAACAACAAAAACAUCAUUGGUAAUAACAGUGAUGGCAUUAACAACGAGAACAGUUAUGAUGGCUUUGUUGUGAAAACCAGCAAGAAGAAGAGGAAAAGUAAAAAGAACACCACUUUUGAGCCAUCCAACAACUUUAUUUUCCAGCUUGACAUUGAUAAUUAAAAACUUUGGGUGAGAAACUGGUGAAGUUCUUGUUAUGACUAACAAAAUGUUCCAGAUUUGUAUUUGUUUAAUUUUGAUUGAAAAACUUUUGAGUUUGCUGCUCAUAAAUGAUAUGUUGUAUAUCUCAAUAUAUACAUGUAUGAUUUUACUGUAUAUUCAUAGUACAGUGUUCCUUUUGCUAAUUUUUUUUACACAACUUGCUGAAAAAAGUCCAGUGAAUACCCAUUAUUUUUUGUUUUUUGUUUUACGGUAUUUCCUAAAAAUUAUCACUGGGAGAACAGUUAUUGGUAAUACAUAUGACUUUUCUGUAUUUGUCCUCAGUGCUGUCAGUACUGUUAUGUUACCUUAUAUCUGUAUUAAUUUUAAUUACAGUAUACUGGUAAUGAUGUGAUUAAUUACCAAAUCAAUAAUAUUAGUACUCUUGAGUUCUGAAUUUGAAAAGUAGAAAUUUGUAAUAUAAGAUGAUUUUUCUCUACUGUCUAAGAGUUUUUUGUUCAUUGCUUCACAGUUAGUAUGAAGAGAAUCUAUUAUUUCCUGUUUAAAGACACUAGUCUUAUUUAUUUGCUCAUGGCUGUGUCAUGUGCUACUUCCUUAGUCUAUAUAACUAAAAGCUAUCAAGGCAUGGUCUUAGGGUGAUUAUUUGUAGAUAAUGCCAAGAACAUUUUUCUUUUUUGACAAAGGGUUUAUUCGACUGUCAUGAACUGAAUAAGUUUUGUAGAGCUGUUAUCAAAGUAUUACGCACAGGAAUUACUGUAUUGUGAAUGUUCGACCUGAUCAUGUCAGUUUGAAGAUUGUCAUGGAUAUUCUACAUUGUCAUGUGUUGACCUUAAAGACAUUUCCUACCAGGCAGCCAACUAUGAAAAAGCUUGUAGAAUCUAAUUUUAUCAAAGAACUGUAAAAGCUGUCAUAGAUAGCCUAUGAUUUCAGUCCUUUUUGGACAGUUUGUUGAAAUUAGUUCACCCACGAAAAUUGUAGAUGGCUUGCAUAGUAAUGGUUGACUUCGGAUGUUAUAGUAGAUGGCCAGUAUAAUCACAAUCAACCAUGGGUGUUGCAGAUAGAUAAUGUGGAUGCACAGUCAACCAUGGUUGUUUUAGAUGGUCAGUGUGAUCACAGUCUGUCAUGGCUAUUGCACAUGAUUAUUAUUUUCUCAUAAUCUACUCUGGAUAUUAAACAUAGUUUAUGUGAUGGCAGUUUACCAGAUGCUGUAUGUUGUAAAUGAUCACAGUGAUCUUACAACCAUUAGUUUGAAAAUGUUGAAUGCAUUGGUUUCAUUUAUUUUGUCUCUAGUAAUGGUGUUAGUUAUUAGACUUAAUAUGAAAAUUUUGACUCUAAAAUAUAGUAAUUGUGAAAUGUGUUUUCAUCAUUAGAACUUAAUAUUCAAUGAGUUGAAAAAGUUGCUUAGCAAAUAAAUCAUAUUACAAAGAAAUUUUGUCUUUACAGUUAAGAUAGUAAUUUAUUCAGUACUGAAUUUUAAUCAUUGUGGGAAACCAGUUAAAAAUAUCUUACUAGGUAACUCAAGAGGGGCUUUCACUGAAUAUUUCUUGAAAAUGUGUAAUUAUGAUUUUUUUUUUUUUUUUUUUUUUACCAAGUAUUACAGCACACAUUUUGUUUUUGCAAAAUAUGAAUAAGAACUUAUACUGUAAAUUCCUUUCCAUGAAAGUGACCACAUGGCAUACAUAAAAAAAUAAUGCUAUUAUGAAAUAUCAUCUCUUAAAUAUACAUUAACAUAUUAAGGGUCAUCUUAGGAAAGGAUGGAGGGAGGGGGUAAAGGAUGUUUCGUGUGUAAGGGGGUUUCGACAUCCAGCAGGCAUGUGUUGAGUGUGUUAGAUAGGAGUGAAUGGAGGCAAAUGGUUUUUGGGACUUGACGAGCUGUUGGAGUGUAAGUGGUGUAACAUUUUGUGAAGGAAUUCAGGGAAACUGGUUAGCUGGAUUUGAGUCUUGGAGGUGGGAAGUACAUUGCCUGCACUCUAAAGGAGGGCUGGGAAUAUUUGAUACGUGAAGGAUCAUCUGAACUGUCAUAUCCAUGCACCUCUGGCAAGACAGUGAUAAGUGUGAAUGGUGGUGAAAGUUUCUUUUUUGGGUCACCCUGCCUCAGUGGGAGAUGGCCAGUGUGUUAAAAAAUAUACUAAGAUCAAUUGAAGUCCUGAGGGAAAAACAUAUACCAGUACUGUAAUGUAUAUACAGUGUAUUUAUAUAUUAAAAUCUGCUCAUAAUAAUAGUCACUUAAUCAUAAUUAUACAUUAUAAAAUUACACAAAUUAUUUUGAAAUUAAGAAUUAAAUUUAUUUUGUUUCAUUAAAGCAAUGUUCUUCAUACAUAAUGAAGCUUUGGGGACUGUCACAUCUGAGGGUCCUGGGGAAUAUUGUUCCCUUUUGUUAAUCCACCACUGGAUAUAUAUAGUGUAUUGGGAUUGGACUGUAUUAUUUGUGUGUCUCAGGCUAAAAUGCCCAAAGGUUAGAAAAUACAGCAUUUUGAACAAAAUUGCAUACUAUAAGGAAUAAAAACAUCCAGAAUUAUUGCUCAGAUUGAAAUAAAAUUGUUAAUGGUGACUCGCACAAAGCACAGCCAUAUACUGUAUAUUAAAUUGUACUAAGAAUAAAAAACAAGAAUGAAGAAUAAAAAGGCACAAUACCGUGGACUGGAACAAUACACACAGCCCACACUUAUGAGACUGAAACUUAUGACGGCAUUUCAGUUCAACGUGGACCAUUAAUUUUAGAUUUUGUAUAGUUUGUUGGUGCGUUGUUGUGCAAUGUGUGACUCGCUAGUAUAAGAAGUUAAUAUAUAUUACUGUAAUUAGUGAUUACUUAUGAUAAUGAAUUAAAUUAGGAUGCUUGUAUUAUCUCUUGACUGAAUGAGCUGGCAGUAACCCAAGGGUUGCAAUAAAUCAUAAACAUAUUUCCUGAUAUUUUUUUAAAAUUGAAUAUUUUCAGUAUGCCUUUGCACAUUUUGACAAAACUCAGCUCAGCCAGAUUCCCAAUUGACAGUGGGAAUAUUAACAUGAUGUCCAGUAACAGCCAGGACAAAAAGUACGUAAUUAAACCAUAAAAACGCAUAUGAUAUGCACAUGCAGUAUAGUCAUUCACUUUAAGCGAUUUUUUAUUUUCCUGUGUUCAGCAGUAUUUUAACAAAAUGUCACCAUAAUCAUACAUAUUCCAGAAACAUCUGAGAAUGUCCCACUUAAUGUAUACAAUCCAUGUACAAUUAAAGUAUAUGAAACUUAAAUUGACUAAUCCAGAUUGUGAUGGCCUUUACGGUGAAAGGUAUAUACAUGGUUAUAUUUUCUCAUGAUGAGAUCUAUCACUGUUUUCACCCUCACUGUCAAAGUACAACUUAAGUACACCUAGCUUUCAGUGCUGUUGUUCUGCACAGUACAGUAUUGUACCUGUGUAAUAAAAAACUAAAUAAAUAUAUUUAAUAUUUAAA